AGCCAGCAUCGCCGCAAAGAAAAAGCGUGUGGAAUCAAUGGUCUCGGCCACUAGCUUAUUUAUCUUCCCCGCUGAAGCGUUGAUGCACCACACACACACACACACACACACACACACACACCAACCGAGCAAGAACGCACGCGCCUCCGAUCCCAUGAGAUUCUGAGCGUGUGCCAUCCAGUCUCCUCACCACUCAUGCAUGGAGCAAUCCAUGAAGAGCAAGUGAGAAUCUCUCCUGCCGUGGUUGAUGCAAAACUACUGCUCCUGUGAUCUGGGCCUUCGUAAAAGGACUAGCUUCUCAAAAAUUUGAGUGCGCGCGCGCGCAUUUGACAGUUGACGCCACCCUAAGCUCAGAUCAGCUACCACCCACAUCAUGGCCUCCGCAGCAGCUUUGCUUCUUCCACGCCUCUUCUUGCUGACCCUCGUCAUGUCGCUCGUUGCCGUCGCGGCGAGCGACGACAACUGCACGGCCGCCGGACAGAUCCGCGUAAACUGCGGCGCGUCCGUCUCGGCAACUGACUCGGACGGCCGGGCGUGGGACGGCGACGCCGCCUCCAAGUUCGCGCCGUCCGUGGGCGGCGUCGCGGCCGGCGCGUCCUACAAGGACCCGUCUCUCCCGUCCCCUGUCCCGUACAUGACGGCGCGCGUGUUCGACUCCAGCUACACCUACUCCUUCCCCACGCGCCCCGGCAGCCCCCGGCGCGUGUUCCUCCGCCUCUUCUUCUACCCGUCCGCCUACGGCGACCGCGCCGCUGGCGACGCCUUGUUCGGCGUCACGGCGGGCGGCGUCACGCUCCUGCGCGACUUCAACGCGUCCCAGACCGCGUUCGCGCUCGACCAAGCCUACCUCGUGCGCGAGUUCUCCCUGAACAUCAGCGGUGCCCGCCUCGACGUCACCUUCGCCCCAUCAUCAUCCUCCAACGGCUACUACGCGUUCGUGAACGGCAUCGAGAUCGUGCCCACGCCGGGCGACAUGGUCAUCACGAAGCCCGUGCCGACGUUCGCCAACGGCGGGCUCCCGGACCCGAUGCCGAUCCGCGCCGACACGGCCUUCCAGACCAUGUACCGGCUCAACGUCGGCGGCACGGCCGUGUCCCCUGGCGACGACUCUGGGCUCCUGUACCGCUCGUGGGACGACGACUCGCCUUACAUAUUCGGCGCGGCCUUCGGCGUGAGCUACGGCAAGGACAGCAACGUGACCAUCCAGUACACGGCGUCCGUGCCGGCGUACGUCGCGCCGGAGAGCGUGUACGCGUCGGCGAGGUCCAUGGGCCCGAGCGCGCACAUCAACCUCAACUACAACCUCACGUGGAUCCUCCCCGUCGACGCCGGGUUCUACUACAUGCUGCGGUUCCACUUCUGCGAGAUCCAGUACCCGAUCACGAGGCUGAACCAGCGAGUGUUCGACAUCUACAUCAACAACCAGACGGCGCAGUCGCAAAUGGACGUGAUCGCUUGGGGCGGUGGCAUCGGCAGACCGGUGCGCACCGACUACCUCGUCGUGACGGCGCCCGCAGGUGCCGGGCAGACGGACCUGUGGGUCGCCCUGCACCCGGACGUGAGCACCAGGCCGGAGUACUACGACGCGAUCCUGAACGGUCUCGAGGUAUUCAAGCUCCAGACGUACGACACCGACAGCCUCGCCGGCCCCGACUCGCCGCCGAUCCCUCGGCCGGUGGACGACGGUGGUCACGCGGGCGCGGGCGCGGACGCGGCGCGAUCCAAGAGGACUGGAUGGGCCGCGGCCGCCGGUGGCCUCGCUGCGGUGCUGGUGGGCUGCGUCUUCAUGUGGGCUACCGUGUGCAGGCGGAAGGGGAAGGCCGGAUCGGGUGUUGUCCACGUGCCUGAGCCGACACCGGCUCCUGUGCUCGAUGGCCCAACUGAAACGUAUGUUUUCUUCGGCACGGACCAGAAAUGAUCGUGGCCCAAACUGUCACUAACUAGGCCGCUUCAGUAAGGCCCAUAUAGAAGGAAGAUACGUUUGGAGCCCAAAUUUUCGUCUCUGUUCCCUGUUCUUCAGCCUCAUCUCCGGUGUGUGACGUACGUGCGAGUGCGCCGCCGGACGGACACAGAUGUUUCGGGGUUAGGUUGCCGCUGCUUUUGGGCUCGUGUUGGUGAACAACAAGUUGCUAACAAAUCUGGGCGUUUCCGCUUGGGAUUCCUCGUCACGGAGUACGCACUUCCGCCAGAAAUUCGUGGUGGACCAACCGAAAUGGAAGCUUGGAAGGGUGUUUUCCGUGUGGAUCCAGGCAAGAAAAGCCCGUGUCUCGCGACAGCAUUCCCGGGGUGAUGUCAAUGUCACGGGGAAAUCAGGUCACUUGCGGCACCAUCACGGAGAUCGCAUGGUGUCAUCGGUGGGCAACC